AAUGGAUGCUAACAUCUUUAAUAUACUCGACCAGUAUAAAAAAGGAUCAUCAAAGGACUAUGAUAUUCUUGUUAGCAAUCUAAACAAUCCUUCAAUUGAGUCUGAGUUGUUGAUUCAUUACCUGCGUGGAUUGAAGACCUGCAUUAGUGUGGUUGGAAAAGAGUAUGAAGUGUUAGUCGGAGUGCUGCUGAAGCUGGAUUGGUUGGAAAGGGAACCAGCUGUGGUACACGAGUACCAGUCUUUCCUGGUCAACCUGGUCUCUGCCCACACUGUCUACCUGCGGGCCACCCUCCGGGCUCUCGUCAAGGCAUUCACACCAAGGCCAUCGAGUUUGUCAAAAAACAGAGCAUGGAAAAUUGUUACUGAUCUAGUGCGAAAAACAGACGAAGAGCAAUUUGUGAAGAAUCAUCUGGUCAUAAAGGGCAUCUCCCAGAUUGUGCCCAUGAUGCCGACAGUUUUGCUUCCCCUGCUGGGCGAUGCAUUCCCAUACCUGAGCAAAGCUGCUUACAUUCAGGAAUGUUAUGUGAAGAACUUACUUCAGAUCACCCAUUACAUGCCUGAUCUCCGGCAGAGAAUACUGGAGCUGAUUGUGGAUCGUAUGCUCAAGAUUGAUGUCAGGUGCCCUCGAACAGAGAUAGAACAAGCUGAGUGUGCUGAUCUGCCGGAGGACAUGGACAUUUUUGACAUGGAAAAGGACGACAUAUCAACAGAGAUGACACAUGCGAAAUUUGGAUGCGAGGAUAUGAAACAUGUGGAUGCCAACAAGCUGGACUAUAUGAUGGAGCUGAUGUUACGUUACAUAGAAAACACUUGUUACAAAGAUGGUGUGUUGGACUGGGAAAACACAAAGCUGUUAUACAGAGAGAUUUUGUUGAUAUUUGAGAGGCUUAUCUUUCCUACCCAUGCAUCUUGCCAUGUACAGUUCAUCAUGUUUUACCUCUGCAGUUUAAGACCGGAGAUUUGUGAAGGAUUUUUGGACUUUCUGUGGAAAAAAGUGACAUCACCCAAUGUGGAGUCUAUAUUCCGACAAGGUGGGGUGGCCUAUAUAGCCAGUCUCAUUUCUCGCGGACAGUUUGUGCAUGUGAGUACCCUGAAGGCGUGCCUUGAGCUGAUGAGUACCUGGGUGCACCGCUAUCUGCUGCAAGCCAACAGACUGACCAGGGCUGAUGUUAGACAUCAUGGACCAUUCUACUCUGUCUGCCAGGCUAUUUUCUAUGUGUUUGCCUUUAGACACAAGGAAAUUCUAGAUAGUGAAAAAGGUUACAAGUGGGCUAAAGCUCUGAACUUGCAGACACUGGUGACCAGUCGCCUCAACCCGUUGAGGUUCUCUAUCCCAGUCAUCACCAAAACAUUCUCCUCAGUAACCAGGUCUUACCAGCUGGCUUACUGUGAUACCAUUGUUGAGAAGAAUAACAGGUUGAUGCUACCAGAGUGCUCUCUAGAGCAAGGCACCUUAACUACCGAUCACCUAAAUGCUUUCUUCCCCUUUGAUCCUUACCUUCUUCUCAGAUCUCAGCACUUCAUUUCCCAGAUCUACAGAGAGUAUGAAGGCAACAGGCCACAAGAAGACGUUAUGGAAUCUAAGGAUGAGGAUGAUUUCCUCCCGGAGUCGACGAAAUCAGAGUGUAGAACCUCUGUAGAAAUGAGUCAGUUUGACUUCAUGAAUUAUGGAGUAUCUCCAGGAUUCAAGCACGUGUGAUGUGGUCAGGAAAUACUGGAUCUGUUUUACGCAAUAGAGGGGACGGCUUUGUGAUUGGUUGAAGGAAAUAUUUUUCAACACACCUAUAUAUGACAGAUUGCCAGGUGCAACAGUAAUGAGAAUCUGCCAGGUGUAACAGUGACAUUGUACCAGGUGAAAAAUGGGUGACAACAUGCCAUGGGUUGCAGGAAUGACAGUGUACCAAGUGUAAUGUGAAUGAGAACAUGCCUGGUGUAGCAAUGACAUUGUACCAGGUGAAAAAUGGGUGACAACAUGCCAUGUGUUGCAGGAAUGACAGUGUACCAAGUAUAAUGUGAAUGAGAACAUGCCUGGUGUAGCAAUGACAUUGUACCAGGUGAAAAAUGGGUGACAACAUGCCAUGUGUUGCAGGACUGACAGUGUACCAAGUGUAAUGUGAAUGAGAACAUGCCUGGUGUAGCAAUGACAUUGUACCAGGUGAAAAAUGGGUGACAACAUGCCAUGUGUUGCAGGAAUGACAGUGUACCAAGUGUAAUGUGAAUGAGAACAUGCCUGGUGUAGCUAUGACAUUGUACCAGGUGAAAAAUGGGUGACAACAUGCCAUGUGUUGCAGGAAUGACAGUGUACCAAGUGUAAUGUGCAUGAGAACAUGCCUGGUGUAGCAACGACAUUGUACCAGGUGAAAAAUGGGUGACAACAUGCCAUGUGUUGCAGGAAUGACAGUGUACCAAGUGUGAUGUGAAUGAGAACAUGCCUGGUGUAGCAAUGACAUUGUACCAGGUGAAAAAUGGGUGACAACAUGCCAUGUGUUGCAGGAAUGACAGUGUACCACGUGUAAUGUGAAUGAGAACAUGCCUGGUGUAGCAAUGACAUUGUACGAGGUGAAAAAUGGGUGACAACAUGCCAUGUGUUGCAGGAAUGACAGUGUACCAAGUGUAAUGUGAAUGAGAACAUGCCUGGUGUAGCAGUGACAUUGUACCAGGUGAAAAAUGGGUGACAACAUGCCAUGUGUUGCAGGAAUGACAGUGUACCACGUGUAAUGUGAAUGAGAACAUGCCUGGUGUAGCAAUGACAUUGUACCAGGUGAAAAAUGGGUGACAACAUGCCAUGUGUUGCAGGAAUGACAGUGUACCAAGUGUAAUGUGAAUGAGAACAUGCCUGGUGUAGCAAUGACAUUGUACCAGGUGAAAAAUGGGUGACAACAUGCCAUGUGUUGCAGGACUGACAGUGUACCAAGUGUGAUGUGAAUGAGAACAUGCCUGGUGUAGCAAUGACAUUGUACCAGGUGAAAAAUGGGUGACAACAUGCCAUGUGUUGCAGGACUGACAGUGUACCAAGUGUAAUGUGAAUGAGAACAUGCCUGGUGUAGCAAUGACAUUGUACCAGGUGAAAAAUGGGUGACAACAUGCCAUGUGUUGCAGGACUGACAGUGUAACAAGUGUAAUGUGAAUGAGAACAUGCCUGGUGUAGCAAUGACAUUGUACCAGGUGAAAUAUGGGUGACAGCAUGCCGUGUGUUGCAGGAAUGACAGUGUACCAGGUGUAACACAAAUGACAACUGGCCAGGUGAAACAAUGAUGUACAGGUGUAAUGUGAAUGAGAACUUGCCAGGUGAAAAAUGGCGACAGCAUGCCAUGUGUGACAGGAAUGACCAUGUGCCAGGUGUAACAUGAAUGAGAACUUGUAACAUGAAUGAGGAGGAACAGAAAUAACUGUAGGCUACUAUGUGAAAAAUUGGUGACAACCUGCCAGAGGUGUGACAGUAAUGACAGUGUACCAGAUGUGACAGUAAUGAUGGUGUACCAGAUGUGACAGUAAUGACAGUGUAUCAGGUGUAACAGUAAUGACAGUGUAGCAGAUGUAACAGUAAUGACAGUGUAGCAGAUGUAACAGUAAUGACAUUGUAGCAAAUGUGACAGUAUUGACAGUGUACCAGGCUUAAGAGUAAUGACAGUGUACUGGUUGCAGCAGACCUAGCAGAGCAUGAGGUGCAUCGUGAGUGACAACAAAACAUAGUGGAGGACACAUUGGAAAUAAUGAACUUUAAAUUAGCCACUUUUGUUGCAACUUAUACACUUGUUUAAUGUAACUCUGAGGAGGUUUAAUCCAGAAGAAAAUCAGGUUAACAAAUAUUAAGUACUAACUUAUCUAUUUAUGACAUGUUACUGAUAUGUUUGUACAGAUAUGGAUGUUUUGGAUAACUUACUAUGUUUCAGUGUAUAUGUUUAUAAUCAAACAUGUCCAUUAGCUCUGAACUUUGAGCAGGUUACAUACAGCAUGGUUAUACAUACAUGUUCCUGUUUGUUAGUGUCU